ACGCAAGCACGCAAAGAACGUCGUCUGCGUCGCUCUGAAAACGCAGAAGCAUAAACUCGCCUUAACGUGCCAGCGGGCUGUCACCCCACCGCUGUCACUCCACCCGCACCUCCAGCCGAGUUGACCUCGAAACGCAAAAUUGGUAAAGAAAAAUGGCCAAGAAGCGGAAGGAAAGACGAGAAAAUGACGGUUUGUCCUCGACUCAAGAGGAGGUGAAGGCGAGCGCCAGUGACUCGCAGGAGCUGAAAGAGGCUCAGCAUACUGAAGGGGGCUCCGCUCGUAUGUCUCUCCUGAUUUUGUUUUCCAUCUUCACCUGCGCGGCCUCGGUCAUGUACCUGGUGUACAGGAACUUCCCAGAGCUUCCUGAUGAUGAAAUGGAGAAAAUCAAGAUCCCUAAAGACAUGGAUGAUGCCAAGGCUUUGGGAACUGUGCUGUCCAAAUACAAGGACACCUACUACUCCCAAGUUUUGGUGGCCUACUUUGCGACAUAUGUUUUCCUGCAGACGUUUGCGAUCCCAGGAUCCAUCUUCCUCAGCAUCCUCUCUGGAUAUCUUUACCCUUUCCCAUUGGCUCUUUUCUUAGUCUGCUUGUGCUCUGGCCUCGGUGCUUCCUUCUGCUACAUGCUGUCGUAUCUGGUGGGCAGACCCAUUGUCUACAAAUACCUCACAGAAAGGGCACAGAAGUGGUCCCAGCAGGUUGAACAACAUCGAGAUCAUUUAAUCAACUACAUCAUCUUCCUGAGGAUCACCCCCUUUCUUCCCAACUGGUUCAUCAACAUCACCUCACCCGUCAUCAAUGUGCCUCUGGGGGUUUUCUUCAUCGGUACCUUUCUUGGAGUGGCCCCGCCGUCCUUCGUAGCCAUCAACGCUGGGACAACGCUGUACAAGCUGACCACGGCGGGCGAGGCAGGGUCAUGGAAUAUCCAGCGGCUUGUGGUCGACAAAGUCGGUGUACUAUCGUCCCUCUAGCAUGCAACAAAAGU